AUGAAUUCUAAGACGUAUACUGUUGAUAAAGUUUUUGGGCCUAGCGCGGAUCAAAGUCUGGUUUUCAAGGAGAUUGCUGAGCCAAUGUUCUAUGAUUUUAUCAAGGGUUACAAUUGCACGAUGCUGGUUUAUGGUAUGACAUCUACUGGUAAGACAUAUACGAUGACUGGAGAUGAGAAAUUGUACGAUGGAGAGCUAAGUGAGGCAGCAGGGAUUAUUCCUAGGGUGUUAUUCAAGCUAUUCGACACGUUGGAUAUUCAGGAGAGUGAUUAUAUGGUGAAAUGUUCAUUCAUUGAGUUGUAUAACGAAGAGUUGAAAGAUCUUUUGGACGAUAGCCAGGAUUCUGCGGGGAACAAUCGAAAAUUGAGGAUAUACGAUUCGGUUAGUAAUAGUAAUGGUAAUGGAAAUGGCGUUAACGCCAGCAGUCGAUCUAGUUCGAGGUCGAACUCGCCCACGAUCAGUUUGGAAGCAAAGAAGCGUGUAAGGAUGGGAGCCUUAUAUAAGCCAAAGCCGAAAUUGCCGAUGCAAGCGCAACCUUUCUCACAUGGUCAACAAAGUCAACAACAAAACCAAAAUGGGCAGCAGAGUUCACAACAGAGUCUAUCCUAUAGCCAACAGCAACAGCAGCAGCAACAGCAUCAACAACAGCAACAGCAACAGCAACAGCAACAGGCGCAUGCAAAUGAACAGGGAUCUGCUAUCUAUAUUCAGCAUUUACAAGAGUUCCAUAUCACUGAUGCGAAAGAAGGUCUCCGAUUAUUACAAAAGGGUUUACGUCACAGGCAAGUUGCAUCGACGAAAAUGAACGAUGUCUCAAGUAGAUCGCAUACAAUAUUUACCUUGACCUUGUACAAAAAUUAUAAUGGUGAGUCGUUCAGAGUAUCCAAAAUCAAUUUGGUCGAUCUUGCUGGCUCGGAGAAUAUCAGUAGAUCAGGAGCACAAAACCAGCGGGCAAAGGAAGCAGGUUCCAUUAAUCAGAGUUUGUUGACUUUAGGUCGUGUUAUUAAUUCCUUAGCAGACAAAAAUACACACAUCCCCUUUCGUGAGUCAAAGUUGACUAGACUUCUACAGGACUCCUUAGGUGGUAACACAAAAACUGCAUUAAUUGCCACGAUAUCCCCAGCCAAAAUUAACUCAGAGGAAACUUCUAGUACGUUAGAAUACGCUACGAAGGCUAAAAACAUCAAAAACAAACCUCAAUUGGGUAGUUUCAUUAUGAAAGAUGUACUUGUGAAGAAUAUCUCCCAUGAGCUGGCAAAAUUGAAGUCAGACUUCCUUUCGACAAAAUCAAAGGAUGGAAUUUAUAUGAGCCAUGCUCAUUACAAAGAAGUGAUGAAUGAUAUAGAAAACUAUAAAACAGAAAUUCAAGAAUCUAGGAGAGAAGUGGAAAAGCUAUCCUCACAAAACCAACUUUUACUCAAAGAUAAAAAAUCUUCUCAAGAUACGAUGGAGUCGCAAAAGCUACAAAUUCGAAACUUACAGUCUAGCAUGGAUUAUCUUUAUGAAAAGAUUGACCUGAAACACAAAAACGAACUGGAAUUAACUAAUAUGAUCAUGAAUUUGAAGAAUGCUGUACGGAACAUGCAAGGAGCUCUAAAAUCUCAUGAAGAUCAUGAACAAAGGUUACAAUCCGACAUCCAGAAAAUGCUCUACGAAAAUAUAGUCCAGUAUAGAACCAAUAUUGAGAAGAAAUUGGGUAACUUGAAAAGGCAAGCUCUGGAAAGUUCAUCCACUAUCGACGAAGAUAUUGAUAAUGUCAAAGGAAGUUUAGAAACAUUGCUAGAAAAUGUUAAAACUGAUGCAAUAAAUAUGUGCCAAGAUCUGGCCCAAAAAGUGGUCGAAGAACAGCCAAAGUUUUAUAGCAUCAUUGUUUCAGAACUUAAUUGCAUCUCUUCGAAGAUUGAUAUGCACACUGAUCAAUUGAAGGAUGGAUUAAGUCGCAUUACUGCUGAGAAUAAUAACUUGAAAGACUAUCUAGAUACUCAUUUCUUCAAGAAUAACCAUCAGGAAAUUCUAAAUGUUCACGCUGACAAAACUUAUCAUCAAUUAAAGAUGUCUUCUAAAGAUUUAAUGAGUAAAAUAACUAAGAUAAUAGGGGAACAUGUUGAACAGAAUAGGAACCUAUUGAUGGAAACUUUAAACACCGCGACUUCCGAUGUUAUUUCUCAUGAAAUGUCGCUGUUUGAGCCUGUCAAGAAAACUUGGGAGACUUCUUUCGAUCAAAUUAAUGCUUGUGAUUCGUUAGGUAAUAAAUUUAAGGAUUCAACGUCGGAGUCGCUAAACAGUUUAAGGAAACAUGUCGAUAAAACUGUGCAUGAAAGUUCGGAAAUUGCUGAUAGCAUAAAAGACAGCAUUGCCAGCUUUCAGAAAAGAAAUGAUAUAUAUACCAUGGGCACAAAUAUUAACAAAACCGUUGAUGAUAUCAAAAAUAAGCAUAGUCAAUUGCGCAGUCAGCUGGAAAAGAAUGUGUCAUUUAUACAUGAUUCAAGUGAAGAAUUUAAGAGCAUAGAUGAAUCCCUAAGAAAAAUAAUAGACUCCAAAAUGCCUGAAUUUGAAGCGGAUAGCGUAGUUGAUGAGUUGAUACAAAAUAUCGAUUCAAAAUCUGUAGCUCCAAUAGCUCCAUCCGGGAAGACUCCACUGCGACCUUUAUUAAAGACGGAAGUGAAACAAAGAUCUUUGUCAAAGUCAGUGUCACCAAUCAAAAGUUUGAAUACCAAUGUAACGACAAUAUCCCCUCUAAAGCGAAAAUCUUUGGAUUCUAAAGUCCUUCCGACAACAGUCAAAAAGCAGAAAUAG